AUGGGGAAGAAAUUCGUAAAUGGAUGUGAUUUUAGAGCUCUUCUGAAGAAGAACUGGUUGCUCAUGGGCACAAUUGUCGCUGUUGUCUUAGGUAUUGUGAUAGGGGUUCUGAUGCGCGAAUUUGUUGUUUUGUCGAGCCUAGACAAAUACUACUUUGGGUUUCCUGGAGAAAUCCUGAUGAGAAUGCUGAAGAUGAUCAUUUUACCUUUAAUUGUCUCCAGUAUAAUUACAGGAGUCGCUAUGUUGGAUUCAGGUGUCUCUAGAAAAAUUGGAACACGAGCAAUGAUAUACUAUUUUUCAACCACUAUAACUGCUGUAAUUCUAGGAAUUGUGUUGGUGAUGGCCAUCAAACCUGGUGUCUCCCAAAAAGCUGAUGAAAUUGGCAGGCGUGGAAGUAUCCCAGAGGUCACCACUGUCGAUGCCAUGUUAGAUCUCCUUAGGAAUGCAUUUCCAGAAAACCUGGUGCAGGCCAGCUUUCAGCAGUAUAAAAGCAAACGAGUAGAAAUUGAACCUGUAAAUAAAUCCAGUACUACUACUGGCCCAAACAUUACGAUGACAACGCAAGUGAAUGAGACUAAAAAGAGUGACUACAAAGUGGUUGGCACAUACUCUAAUGGGCUCAAUGUGCUGGGCCUCAUUGUCUUCUGCCUAGUGUUUGGGAUUAUUAUUGGACAGAUGGGCGAAAAAGGCAAAAUUCUCCUAGACUUCUUUGAUGCAUUGAAUGAAGCCACCAUGAAAAUAGUACAGAUCAUCAUGUGGUAUAUGCCAAUAGGUGUAUUAUUUAUUAUAGCUGCAAAAAUAAUGCAAGUGGAUGACUGGGAAAUUUUCCAUAGACUUGGGCUUUAUAUGGCUACAGUGUUGAUUGGAUUAGCUAUCCAUGGUAUUAUUAUUCUACCCAUGAUCUAUUUUAUUGUGGUACGGAAAAACCCCUUCCGGUUCAUUGGAGGAAUGGCUGAGGCGUUAUUGACAUCUGUCAUGAUUUCAUCCAGCUCCGCAACUCUGCCAGUAACAUUCCGAUGCGCGGAGGAAAAAAACAAAGUGGACAAAAGGAUCACAAGAUUUGUGUUGCCAGUGGGUGCCACAAUAAACAUGGAUGGAACAGCUUUGUAUGAAGCAGUUGCUGCAAUAUUUAUUGCUCAGCUUAAUGACUAUCCUUUGGAUGUAGGACAGAUAGUCACUAUCAGCGUUACAGCAACGGCAGCUAGUGUGGGAGCAGCUGGAGUUCCUCAGGCUGGAAUGGUCACCAUGGUGAUUGUUCUUACUGCAGUUGGAUUACCUGCUAAUGAUGUCACUCUGAUCAUUGCUGUCGAUUGGCUUCUGGAUCGGUUUCGGACUAUGGUGAAUGUACUUGGAGAUUCUUUUGGAGCUGGAAUUGUGGAGAAGCUAUCCGGGAAUGAAUUGCAACAGGGGGAUUUCUCAAGUGGCAUCAAUAUAGUGAAUCCAUUUGCUUUGGAAACUGCUGCAUCAGAGAAAGAGGAAGCAAAGAUAAAAGAAUCAUAUAUCAAUGGGGCAUUUGAUGUUGAUAAAUCAGACUCUGUAGCUGUCACAGAAACAUCACAGUUUUGA